CCCUGCGGGGGCCCUGGCCUCUGGGCAUCCUCUGGAGCCCGCCCACCGGGGCCGCCGACCCCACCCCCUUGCCUUGAAAUUAAAGGAGGCGGGAGCAGCUGGCUCGGGAGACCGGAGCCCGGGGCAGGAGAGAAAGCCUCAGCCAAGCAGCCAAGGAGCCGGCGAACCGGCCGCAGCCAGAGGCACGAAGUCCAGCAGCCGUCUGCAGAGACGUGGAGAUGUGGAAUCCAGGGGUGAGAGAGCUCUUGUGUGUGUUGUUGCUGUGUGGAGCAGCCUGCGCUCGGCCCAGCCAGGAAGCCCCAGCCCGCGUCAGAAGAGGAGCCAGAUCCUUCAGAGUGACCUGUGUGGACCAGCAGACGCAGCUGACGUACCAGCGCCGGGAGUCGUGGCUGCGCCCGGGGCUCCGAGGCAACCGCGUGGAAUACUGCAGGUGCAGCAGCAGCGGGCCGCGGUGCCACUCGGUGCCCGUCCAAAGCUGCAGCGAGCCCAGGUGCCUCAACGGCGGCACGUGUUCACAGGCUCUGUAUUUCUCGGAUUUUGUCUGCCAGUGCCCCGAAGGAUUUGUCGGGAAACGCUGCGAAGUCGAUACCCGUGCUAGGUGCUACGAGGACAGGGGCAUCGGCUACAGAGGCACGUGGAGCACGACAGAGAGCGGGGCGCAGUGCGUCAACUGGAACAGCAGCAGGCUGGCCCGGAAGCACUACAACGGGCGGAGGCCGAACGCCUUCCGGCUGGGCCUGGGCAACCACAACUACUGCAGAAACCCAGACCGAGACACGAAGCCCUGGUGCUACGUCUUUAGGGCAGGGACGUACAGCCCAGAGUUCUGCAGCAUGCCCGCCUGCUCCAAGGAAAAAAACGGGAACUGCUACUUGGGACAAGUGUACCGCGGCACCCACAGCCUCACCACGUCGGGUGCCUCAUGCCUCCCGUGGAAUUCCGUGCACCUGAUAGGCGAGAAGUACACGGCGUGGCAGAGCAACGCGGAGGCCCUGGGCCUGGGCAAGCAUAAUUACUGCAGGAACCCAGACGGAGACUCCAAGCCCUGGUGCCACGUGUGGAAGAACCACAAGUUGGUGAUAGAGUACUGCGACGUGCCCCAGUGCGCCACCUGUGGCCUGCGACAGGACAAGCAGCCCCAGUUCCGCAUCAAAGGGGGGCUGUUCACCGACAUCACCGCUCACCCCUGGCAGGCGGCCAUCUUCACCAACAACAGGAGGUCGCCCGGGGAGCGGUUUCUGUGCGGGGGUAUCCUGAUCAACUCCUGCUGGGUUCUGUCUGCUGCCCACUGCUUCCUGGAGAGGUUCCCACAGCAGAAACUUAGGGUGAUCCUGGGCAGAACAUACCCGCUGGUGUCGGCAGAGGAGGAGCAGACGUUCGAAGUGGAACAGUGCAUCCUGCACGAGAGAUUUGAUGAAGGCACCUACGACAACGACAUCGCGCUGCUAAAGCUGAAAUCCACUUCGGGAUCCUGUGCCCAGGAGAGCCAGGCCGUGCGCCUCGUCUGCCUGCCCGACGCCGGCCUGCAGCUGCCCGACUGGACAGAGUGCGAGCUGUCCGGCUAUGGCAAACACGAGGAGUUUUCCCCUGUCUUCUCCGAGCAGCUGAAGGAGGCUCACGUCCGGCUGUACCCCUCCAGCCGCUGCACGCCCCAGCAGCUGAAGAACCGAACCGUCACGGGCAACAUGCUGUGCGCUGGAGACACGCGGAGUGGGGGCGCCCAGGUGAACCUGCAUGACGCCUGCCAGGGUGACUCAGGAGGACCCCUGGUGUGCAUGACGGAUGGCCACAUGACCUUAGUUGGCAUCAUCAGCUGGGGGCUGGGCUGUGGGCAGAAGGACGUGCCAGGCGUGUACACCAAGGUGGUCAAUUACCUCGGCUGGAUCCAGCAACACGUGGGACUGUGACCAGGAGACGCAGUGCCCCGAGGGUGCGUGAGGGGCUGCCGAGACUCCCGCAGCGGCCAUGGGGCAGAGAGCCCCUCCCCAGGAGAGGGACAGGUGCACAUGCCACAGGGGGACUUUCCAGGCUGACGCCACAGGGUGUCAGUGAGGUGGGAGAUGGAUGGACCAGGGCCGGCCCCUCGGGAACACCGUCCGGUUUCAAGAGUGGGAGCCCCACCUCCCAGUGUGUCUCAGGCCGGCACAGGAACUGGAUCGUUGCUGCUGGGGCAUCGCAACAGCCCAAGGAGUAGCCAGUGCGGCGGUGGUCGGUGGUCGCAGGAGGCCUCCCCCUGGCCUCGGCCUGCCUUCCCCUGGGCCACUCCGCUCCGUAGCUCCUGGAAGGCUCCUUUCGUGUACAGUGUAAAUCUUCACAGGAGAUUGUAUCAUGUUGACCACUGACAAAAGCAGAGCUGUAGCAUAUUUGAUGGAUCCGUGCUAGUGUGUCCUGUUGCCACACCGUGUAUUUAUACUGUACUUAAUAAAUGUAGAUGUAUUUUUCACAUUUUCCCCAUGUGAGCGU